AUGGGUGUGUUUGUGCUUGCAGACUCCCGGCAGGUGCAGCCCUCGCCGCCCUGGUCCUAUGACCAGUCCUACCAGUACCUGGGCUCCAUGGCCACGCCCGCCGUGCACCCGGCCACGCCCAUCUCACCGGGCCGGGCCGGCGGCAUCACCUCGCUCACGGCAGAGCUCUCCAGCCGCCUCUCGGGAGCGUCGGAGCUGACGGCGUUCAGCGACCCCCGGGUGGGCAUCGAGCGCUCCUUCCCGGCGCUGCCGUCCAUCUCCGACCCGCGCAUGCACUACCCGGGCGCCUUCACCUACACGCCCACGCCCGUCAGCUCCGCCAUCGGCAUCGGCAUGUCGGCCAUGUCCACGGCCUCCAGGUACCACACGUACCUCCCGCCGCCCUACCCCGGCUCCUCCCAGGCCCAGGGCGGCCCCUUCCAGACCGGCUCCCCCUCGUACCACCUGUACUACGGCACCUCGGCCGGCUCCUACCAGUUCUCCAUGAUCUCGGGCGAGCGCUCGCCGCCGCGCAUCCACCCGCCCUGCACCAACGCCUCCACGGGCUCCGCGCUGCUCAACCCCAGCCUGCCCAACCAGAGCGACGUGGUGGAGGCCGAAGGCAGCCACAGCAACUCGCCCACCAACAUGGCCAGCACGGCCAGGCUGGAGGAGGCCGUGUGGAGGCCCUACUGAGGAUGAGGAGGUCAGGAAGGAGCUCGAGGGUCAGGACUUCACGCGCUUCCCAUUGCCCGGCGCCCGGAGGGAUCCCAGAAACUUCCCCGCGGGCCCUGCCGCGUCCAUCCACGAGUUUCAGGAGCAAACCCUCGGGAAGUCAGCGCUCCCCGGGGUGGUGGCUCUCGUUGCCAGGCCCUGGCAAAGGAUUCCCGGCAGGAGAACGAGCUCCUGGGAAGGAGGAGGCCCCAGUUGGUGGUGCAGAGGUAGCGAGGGUGGAUAGAAGGGUAUCCAGCCUGAUUCCAGGCCUGUGGCUUCCCAACGUGCCUGGGCUUGAAGGUCUCCACAGCCCUAAAAGAGAAUUUCGGUUCGCUUCUAUUUUUAAGACUUAAAACCUUAAAAAAAAAAAUCCAAAAAACAAAGAUAAAUCUUAGUGAGUUUACUGCAUCUUAGGGACAUCUUAAGUGUAAGGAAGUAUAGGAAGAUUCCCAGAGGGAAACUGUGAACGCUUCUGUUUUCGCAAUGCUGUGAAUGAGAGGUUUUAUAUGUUGGACUUCAUUCUUUCUUUUCUUUGUUUUGUUUGUAUAUUCCAAAGAAUAUGGAGGUUUUUUAUUACUGGUUUUUUUUUGUUUUGUUUUAUUUUGUUUUGGGUUUAGGUUUUUUGGUGUUUUUUGGUUUUGUUUUGUUUUCUUAUUUUAGGAUGCAGCUCAUCCUGCUUUGCAUCUACUUUGUUUUAUUUCUCUUGGCACCUUAUAAAUUGCAA